AUGUUAAUUACGGUGCAUAAAACAGCUGGACUGGUAAUUUCUAUAGUGAUUUUAUUGUCAGUCAGAAAUGCGCAUACUUUAGCGUUUAUUAUGGAAAAUCCCCUACAAGCAUUAUUAAAGCGAAGCUGGCUGUUUCAAUACGAGACAGUGUCGUCUAAGGUACAAAUCACUGAAUUAUUUCUGCGCAAACAUUUAUCCCUGUGGAUCAUCAUGUGCACCAUUAGAUUAUCAUGGUCACUUGAGGUCAUACGAGCUCGCUACAGAAUAGAAAAAUACAUAAAACGAGAAAUAUCAAAAGGAGAAAUUCAACGUUAA